AUGGGUCUCUCAUACAACGUCUACUUGACUGCCAAUAAGAUCUUUGGAUGUAAGGGAUGCAAGACUCAUCUUGCAGAUUUCAAUGAUAUCAUGAGUCGGAACUUUCGAGGCCAGCACGGAAAAGCAUACCUCUUCAAUAAAGUCGUCAACGUCACACAAGGCGAACCUGUAGAGCGCAACAUGACGACAGGUCGACACCUCGUGCGCGACAUCGCCUGCAGACAGUGCAAGGAAACGGUAGGCUGGAAGUACGACAAGGCAUACGAGAGCAGCGAGAAAUACAAGGAGGGCAAGUUCAUUCUCGAGGAGGAGCUAUUCUGUGUCGCGGUCGUGUUUCACGGGCCCUAUAAGGUCGCCGUUGAGCAGAGGCCUAUUCCCAAGGUUCAGGACCCGGAGGAUGUUAUAGUCAAGGUUGGAUAUACUGCGCUUUGUGGAAGUGAGCUGCACAUGUUCCGUGGCGUGGAGCCUGCAGGAAAAGAUUUCAUAAUGGGACAUGAAUUUGUCGGUACCAUUGUGGAAAUGGGCAGCGCUGUCAAGACUCUACAGAAGGGUGACCGGGUUGUGACUGCAUUCACUACUUCCUGUGGCGAAUGCUUCUACUGCAAGCAAGGGUGGUCUUCUCGCUGUGAUAAGAACGGUCUUUUUGGAUGUGACAGCUUGGACGGUGGACAGGCCGAAUACGCCCGCAUCCCGAAUGCGGAAGGUUCCGUCAUGAAGGCCCCCGAGGGCGUUGACGAGAAAUAUCUGGUGCUCAUGGGAGAUAUUUUCCCCACGGGCUGGUUUGCAGCAAACAAUGCAUUCAAGAACUCAACCCCGGAGCAAAUUGCUGAACAGACAGUAGUCCUAAUUGGAUGUGGGCCUGUCGGUCUCUGUGCGCUCAUCAAUGCUCUGGAGUACAAGCCCAAGCAUAUCCUGGCGGUUGACUCGGUCCCGUCGAGACUGGAGCUUGCCAAGUCGCUUGGUGCCGAGCCGUGGAACUUCCAGCUGGACCGGGCUGGUCUAGACAAGCGUGUUCAGGAGUUGACAAAUGGACGUGGUGCCGAUGCCGUCAUUGAAGUCGUCGGGUUGAGCCCUGCAUUGCGCACUGGCUUUGAACUGUUGCGGCCUUGGGGAACUAUUAGUAGUGUGGGUGUCCACAAUGGAGAGAUCCCUUGGGACGGCAAUGAUGCCUAUUCCAAGAACCUCACUGUCCAGAUGGGGCGAUGCCCUGUUCGGUCUGUUGCUCCUCAGGCUCUUGAGGUGCUCAAGAGGAACCAACAUAAGCUUGGCUUCAUGACAGAUAAGAUCAUGCCGCUCUCGCAGGCAGUGGAGGGCUAUAAGCUAUUUGAAGCGCACCAGGUGCAGAAAGUGAUAUUCCAGGCUGAUAAGUAG